UCAACCACCCGCAGCUCAUCAAAGCAAAUGCACGAGCAGCUGGUUUAACUCAACUUCAGUAAUAUUCAUAAACCCAAACACGUCGAAUAUCACAUUCACUGCGGUAGAAAAAUCUUCAGUAGAGCAAAUUACUGCUCAAAACCAAUAAUGCUUUCUUACUCAGGGUUUUUCUUCGUUAUUUCAUUCUUAAUGGUCAACGUCUCGAGACGCUUCGCUUGUGGUUUUCGGCCCAUGACGAUUCAGAAUUAUGCUGUGGUUAGCAAACAGCAUUUGCUCGUUCGUUUUAAGAUCAGCGACUGGUUAAAGUGUAUUACAAAAUGUCAAAAUCAUGUCGAAUGCUUGUCGUAUAACUAUCGGCAUAGACAAAAACGGGUAGAAGGAGCACUAUGUGAGCUGUACAAAUGUGGAUUGGACCAAAGUAAGGACUACAAGCGAAGCCUUUACUACUCAAGUGGCAUCUUUUUUCAACAGUUGAAAGUUGCUGAGGAUGGCCAGUACUGCAAGGACUUCAAAACGAUUCUCCCAAAACAAACAUGCCGUACCGGUUGGUUAUCACAUGGUAAAUCAUGUUACAAGGCAGUAAAUACUCUUCGAACAUGGGAAGACGCCAACAAUAACUGCCAGAAAAUGAAUAGCAAUCUGACUUCAGUCUUGAAUCAAAACCAGAACGACUUUAUAGUGUCGCUAAGCUCUGGGUUCGACAGGGAUUACUUCUGGAUUGGACUUGUUAAGAAGAAUAAUGCAUUCACAUGGCAGGAUGGCUCUUCGUCUACUUACGUCAAUUGGCUUCCAGGAGAACCAUCGUAUUACAAAUCGUACGAUUGUGUGAAUAUCAAAAAGUCGGAUGGAAAGUGGAAGAAUUGGAAGUGUGUGACUCAAAAUCCAUCCAUCUGUAAAUACGAUCUAGCGACAGAAGAUAAAUUCUUUCGUUAAAUCAAUUCAAGAACCUGCUGCAUGGACUAUUUGAUUGUUUUACUGAUUUAUUACGAUGUGGCCUCGAACAUUGAAAAUCAUUUGCUUAUAUUGUACUAAUACUAGUCAGUCGAAGUCUGGCAAGCGAUGUAAGGUGCUUUAGUUAAUGCUGAACUCCGCGAAGAGCUAUAUUUAUGUUUCUGUACAAACAAACAAACAAACAAACAAACAAACAAACGAAACUAGUAAUGCUGCUGCCUAAAGUCACCACAGACAACAGCUAUUGUGAAUAGAGUAAAUGUAAAAUGUCAUCCCACGUUAGUAUUGCCGUUCAUAAGGGAAGUACACUAAUGACCCGUUAGCCAAUCGCGGGUAAAUAUAUGUAAAAAAUAUAGAGAUAACCAACCAAAGUAAAGUACUAGUAAUAAAUAUAGAGAAGUACGACCAAGGUGAA